CAGAACUACCUCAUUACAUGUCAUCCACACGGCGUAAUUAGUUUUGGAUUGUACGCAGCCUUCAUAAGGGAGAUAACUAGCAACAAAAGCAGGAAGUUCCCGAAUCUUCACUUUUUUGCGUGCGCAUUAAGAUGGAACUUUCACCUCAUGAUCAGGAGAGAAUGGUUUCUUGCAAGCGGAUUCAUUGACUGCUCCAAAGAAAGCAUCAGCAACGUUUUCACGAAAAAGAGUGCAGGACAAGCUGUGAUUCUCGUCGUGGGUGGAACCGAAGAGGCUCUUUAUGCUCGACCUGGAGUGCAUAAGCUGAAGCUGCUCACUCGAAAAGGGUUCGUGAAGCUGGCUCUCCGUUGUGGCGCUUCGUUGGUUCCUGUUUACACGUUCGGUGAAAACGAUAUCUACAAGCAGUUAGACAACCCUGAGGGCUCGUUAGUGCACAAGUUCCAGGUAUUCAGUGAACGUCUACUAGGAAAGCCUGUCGCAUUGUUUUAUGGUAGAGGCUUGUUCCAGAAUAACUUCGGUUUUCUGCCUUUCCGGACACCGGUGGACACCGUCGUUGGUACACCAAUAGACGUUCCAAAGAUUCGGGAACCAACAAAUGAAGAAGUGGAUCGCUUCCAUCGUAAAUACUGCGAAGCUCUUACAGAGCUCUUCGAACAGCACAAAACCAAGUUCGGAGUUUCCGAAGACACAAAACUUAUCCUAGUCUAG